GACAUUUGAUUAUCUCUGCUCACUCGAACUUCCAAAGCUACCACAUAGACUGCUAAAUCUGCUCUCUCUGAAGUCAUCACGCAACGACCUAUCUUUCAGCCCUUCUUCGUUUAUUUUUCAACAACCACAAUGGCUCCCACCACCUGCACCUGCGGCGAGGCUUGCACCUGCACUGUUGAGAACUCCCCUUGCGGAUGCAAGUCCGCUGCAGCCGCUACCUGCAGCUGCGGCGAGGGCUGCACGUGCACCGCGGAAAACUCCCCCUGCGGCUGCAAGUCCGCUGCUGCCCCCGCCGCUGGCGCUACCUGCAGCUGCGGCGCUGGUUGCACGUGCACUGCGGAGAACUCCCCUUGCGGAUGCAAGACCGCUGCUGCCUCUGGCUGCGGCUGCUCGAGCGGCGGCGAGUGCAAGUGCGGCAGCAGCUGCACGUGCUCCAAGUGCUAAGGCGCUCUGUUGAAAGCGGCGGCGUUUCCGUUGCAAUAGGCCAACGACAGGCGGUUCCAUUCGCCAAGCGACAAGGCCGCGGGUUACCCUUCGAUUUCCUCACGCAUUUGUCUGGCAGCUCCGUGGUUCCAUGGCAGCUAUUUUCGCGGCAAAAGUGUUGGAAUCCAUCUGUAGUUUGUUCGAAUGUACAAAGCAUCGUUGACUCUCUUUUUUCCCCUGGGUAUCGUCCUCUGAAUCACUCUGGCUCACAAUGCCUGGAUGCAUCUACCGGAGAACCAUUGACCCUCUAGGCUGGUCGACUGGGGAGGUCACUCUUUUCUAUGGUGAUCCGUAGCAGAUCUGUCGCGAAACUGAAACCACUUUUCUAACAGUUCCUAUCGAUGAGGAACACAGGACAGGAAUCAUAAGUACCACGUGAAACAACUUUGGGCGAUCUGUUAGCAGCAAGGUGAAGCUGUCUAUUCCGUCUAGAAACAUUCUCACAAACCGAU